AUGAGUAACAGCGUUGUCUCGCCACAUGAAGGGGACCAAGACUGGGUGCCCCCUUUACCUCCGCGACCCGCUGCCAUCAAGAACCCGUCCAUCGAAUCGAAGCUAGCUACCACAGCUGUUACCCCUCUCGAUGUGCAAACCCUUUCAUUUCCAGACGGCUCGCGGGGUACUUUUUCGGCCUCUGACGGCGCCCAGGAUGCAACUGGGCUGGUUCCGGCGUCACUGGCAAGUGGCGCCGCCACUCCGAGGCGGGAUAUCGUUGAUGCCGAGGACUCUAUGAGCGUCAUGACUCUUGCACCGACAAUGCGGCCAGCUGGCGACAUUGCAAGCCUGCUCACCGGUGAUCUUAACAGGAAAAGCCCGGCUUGGAAUAUGCUGCGGUCCCAGUCGGCAACCGUGUUGCCGUUUGAAGCUCUACAAAGGACAUCCGCCAGUGACACCCUUCUUGGCUUUAGCGAAGAAUUCGAUUCUAUCCCGGCGGAAUCAGAUUCUGAGAUUGAAGACGAAGACCGCGCAAUGCUUUGGAAAUCCAAGCUGAAACAUUACAUGAUUCUUUCGUCAGCGGGGAAACCAAUCUGGAGCCGUCACGGCGACGUCAGCCUCAUAAACUCUUAUAUGGGCGUCAUCCAGACCAUUAUUUCCUUUUAUCAGGAUGCCAGGACCCCACUCUCAGGCUUUACGGCGGGAAAUACGAGGUUUGUCGUAUCAACCGAGGGGCCUUUGUACUUCGUGGCCAUCAGCAGGCUCGGAGAGAGCGACUCCCAGUUGAGAGGCCAGCUAGAUGCCCUCUACAUGCAAAUCUUAUCAACCUUGACCUUGCCAACGCUGCGAAACAUCUUCGCCAAUCGCCCGUCGAGCGACCUGCGGAAGCCGUUGCAAGGAACGGAGAGAUUGUUGUCGUCCCUUGCAGAUAGCUUCACGAAAGGGUCACCCUCUGCCCUCCUGGGGGCUCUCGAAUGCCUGAAACUGCGCAAGUCCCAGCGGCAUGCCAUCAACAACGCAUUCCUAAAGCAACGCACGGCGAAUCUGCUCUACGGCAUGAUUGUGGCCGGCGGCAAAUUGGUCAGCGUCAUCCGACCCCGGCGGCACUCGCUACAUCCGAGCGAUCUGCAGCUCAUCUUCAACAUGCUCUUCGAAUCGGGCGGGGUCAACUCUGCCGGCGGCGAGAACUGGAUCCCUCUAUGUCUCCCCGCCUUCAACAACAGCGGCUACCUGUACAUGUACGUCAGCUUCUUUGACGGGGUCUCCGGUGCGCAGGCGACAGACCCGGCGGCAGCCAAGGGGGAGUCGACGUCGGACGAGAUCGCCAUCGUCCUCAUUAGUCCCGACAAAGAGUCCUUUUUUGAACUCAAGCAAAUGCGGGAUGCUGUGGCUUCUGCUCUCGCCAAAAACGGCUGUCUUGCCCUCAUCAGAGCGGCAGCUCGAGCUGGCCGUCCCGCUGUAGCUGAUAUUGCGCCGGGCAGCCAGAUCAGCCAUUUUCUUUACAAGUCACGGGCCAACGUUCAGUUCAGCAUGAGCACGCUCGACCCCGUGUUCGAAGCCCCUGUUGCUCGGCGGCGGCUCAUGACAUUGUACCAUCAGCUCCACGCGUCCGUCCAUGCCAAGCAUUCGCCUAUUCGGGUUCUCCAUGCGGCGAGCGAGGAAGCCACGAGUCUCGCCUGGGUUACCCCCGUCUUCGAGUUCUUCUGCGUCGCGGGACCCAAUGUCAGCAGGGGGGCAGUGACGCAAGGUACCAACAAGAUUCUCCAGUGGGCUAAGCGGGAAGAGGAGCGCAUCUUCAUCAUUGGCGGCGGCGUCUUUUGA